GCCGCCUCCACCGCCCGAGGUCCGCGCGCUCCGCCGCAGGGUGCAGACCCCUGGCGCCCGCCCGGGUGUGGGGCGCAAGAGCAGAGGUGGAGCCGGGGCGGAGCCAGAGCGCCCCGUCCACUCCGUCCCCCCCCGCAAACGAAAGCGAAAGAGGGGGCCGGGAAGGAAGGGCGGGGCCGCCCGGAGGCCCCGCCCCCUGCCCUGCGCGGCUGCUGGACCCGCGGGCGCGCCCAGGUAGGGGGGCUCCGAGCGCGCAGUGCGGACCCUCGCGGGAACCUGCGCCGCCGCCACCAUGUCUCAAGAAGGUGUGGAGCUGGAGAAAAGCGUCCGGCGCCUCCGGGAGAAGUUUCAUGGGAAGGUAUCCUCCAAGAAGGCGGGGACUCUGAUGAGGAAAUUUGGCAGCGACCACACGGGAGUGGGGCGCUCCAUCGUGUACGGGGUAAAACAGAAAGAUGGACAGGAACUGAGUAAUGACCUGGAUGCCCAGGACCCACCAGAGGACAUGAAGCAGGACCAGGACAUCCAGGAUGUGGCGACCUCCCUCCUGCCACUGACAAAAGCCAACCUCCGCAUGUUCCAGCGCGCCCAGGAAGACCUCAUUCCCGCCGUGGAUCGGCAGUUUGCCUGCUCCUCCUGUGACCACGUCUGGUGGCGGCGCGUACCCCAGCGGAAGGAGGUGUCCCGGUGCAGGAAAUGCCGAAAGCGCUAUGAGCCGGUGCCGUGUGACAAGAUGUGGGGUGUGGCUGAGUUCCACUGCCCGAGGUGUCGGCACAACUUCCGGGGCUGGGCACAGAUGGGGUCCUCAUCCCCCUGCUACGGGUGCGGCUUCCCCGUGUAUCCAACACGGAUCCUCCCUCCACGCUGGGACCGGGACACCGACCGCCGCAGCACCCACACCCACUCCUGCUCAGCUGCCGAUUGCUACAACCGGCGAGAGCCCCACAUGCCUGGGACGUCGUGCGCACACCCCAAGAGCCGGAAGCAGAACCACCUGCCCCAAGUCCUGCACCCCAGCAACCCCCACAUCAGCAGUGGCUCCACUGUGGCCACCUGCCUGAGCCAGGGGGGCCUCCUGGAAGACCUGGACAACCUCAUCCUGGAGGACCUAAAGGAGGAGCUCGAGGAGGAAGAGGAGGACGAGGGCGGGCACGGGGAGUGACCCCUGACAGGGGCAGAUGCAAACCAGACACGCUCUGUGGAGAUUUUGUGUUGUUAUAAAAUGUGAGCUCAAACUGA